UGGCAGCCAUGGCCUAUCUUCAAACCAAGGAGAACGAAGGUGAAGAAGGGCCUCGAGAACUUCUUCACAAUAACUGCAGUGAACUUUUACUCCGGUAAUUCGAAAGACACUGUACGCAGUAACGACAAAGGUGGUAUUAUCAGAAACAAAGCAAUUGAAAUUCGAAGAAGACGAUAUAAGCCAAUCGCAUCGAUGAGUGAGAGCGAGCAGGUAGCGUGUAAGCAAAAGAUGUUAUUCCUAGCGAAACGUAGUGAAGAAAAAAAAGAAGGGGACCUACGAUAUCGAAGAGUAAUGAAUCGAGAAAAGGCAAAGAUUAAAACAGAAGAAGAAUGGCAGGAGAGGAGGGAUUAUGCAAAUGAUUGGAAAGCGGCUGAGAGAGACAGACAAAGUAAUCUGGUCGAUAACCCCCGUGGUGCUCAUGAGCAGAGGAUGAUCAAAAUUUAG